UUUAACUUAAUCUUCCAUUAGGCGAUUUCCCUCGUUUAAUUUUGGUUGAGUUAAGCUUGUCCUCUCAGUGACAUUACUUAUAAUGGCGGGAAUAGCAAAACAAAUGUACCGUGUAUGUCGGUACCUUCCUGGUAACUCCGGAGCGGCCUAUAGAAACCGGCACGGCACCACCUGUCAACAACUCGGCACCACACGGCAUCUCAGCGGACUCCACCAAAGCACUCUGGAGGAGAGAGGUGUCCUUAUUGAUGGUACACAAUUAGUCCUUCACAACGAGUCACGGUACUUGUGCAGGUGCAGUGAGUGUUUUGGAGCGACAAGUAACCAACCUCUCCACACUGACGACUACUCAGAUGUGAAGAUCACCGAGGUUAAGGAGGUUCAGGACCAUUUCGUAUCUCUCCUCUGGGAUGAUGGUCACACCGGCAUCAUCCCCAGAUCAGACAGGGGGGCCUAUGGUAACGGUUACAAGCCUACCCCUUCUUCAAAAUUCUACGAUCUAAGCUUAAGAAAAAACUCCGUACAAACAUUUUGGGAGUCCCCAACAGGCGAAGUCACUAAAAGGUUUCAGUACGAAGACGUUAUCAGUAGUUGCGAGAAAACGAAAGAGUUUUUGGCACAUUUCAUGGAAUAUGGCCUUGCUUUUCUAUCAAAUACACCCCACCAACCUGACGAUCUUUUACAGAUUUUGAAAGACCUCAAAGUGACUCCCUAUUGGGACAACAUGUUUGGUGUCCUCAGCAAAGUCUCUUUUCAAAACGAUCCGACCAACCAAGCGUUCAACAACCAGCGACUGGCAGCUCACACGGACAUGCCCUACUACACUCAGACUCCCUCUGUCUACUUCUUCCAUUGUGUGGCAAACGAGCUGGAAGGUGGGGAGAGUUUCUGGUCUGAUACUUUCAGCUCUGUUCAACAUAUUAGAGAGACAGAUCCGGACAUGUUCGAGCUGUUGACCUCGGUCCAAAUCCCGUUCCGACAGUACCCGAAAGAGUGGCACAUGGCAGGAAGUUACCCGACUGUUGAACUAAUGGGGGACGAUAUCUACCGAGUGAGGGAUUGUUGCUUUGUGAUAGAUACCUUUAAGUUUAUACAGGAUUACAGCCCUGAUAUAAGGGCUCGAUGGUGGCAGGCGUACAGGUAUCUGAGACAGCUUAUGGAGAAUCCCGCUAGAAGCGUACAGGUAAAGCUGGAAGGAGGUGACCUUGUAGUGAUUGACAACUGGCGUGUUCAGCACGGACGGAACGCUUUCUCUGUUUCUAAAGACGACCAGGGAGGCAGAAGAGCAAUGGAGGUCUCCUAUAUAGAAUGGUCACAUGUACAGAACAGACUUUUAAAGAUGGAAUUGGACUAGAUAUUCGGGAUUAUAAAUUAUUUAAUGUGCGCUGGCCGCUUCCGGGUAACAAAUAACAAUGCCUAAUGAUCAUUUCAAAUAAAUUUACUUUGUAUUUCCAAGGAACUUUCAUGUUGAUUGCCGUACAAUUUUUAACGCGACACUAAUUAUAGAUAUGUAACAAUUAGCGAAUACAUUGGUAUCUUUACUUAGAUUAAACAGGAUAUUUUAGAAA